AUGGGGAAUUGUUGUUCCAGAGGCAACACCAAUAAUGCCCCGGACAAUAACAACACUGAAAAGGGAGAAUCCGCCACGAAGAACUCUGAACAUGGUGCCGAUCCAUCUGUUCAGAACAAUGCCACCCAGGGUAAGACCGUGCCCCCUUCAGCCUCUCCAAAUCCCUCUUCCAAGCCUUCCAAGCCGGUCCCUAUAGGACCAGUUUUAGGCCGCCCAAUGGAAGAUGUACGCACCCUUUACACAAUUGGAAAAGAGCUCGGAAGGGGACAAUUUGGGGUCACACAUUUAUGCACACACAAGCAAUCUGGCGAGCAAUUCGCGUGCAAAACCAUAGCAAAAAGGAAACUCGUCAACAAAGAGGAUAUCGAGGAUGUUAGGAGGGAAGUUCAAAUAAUGCACCAUUUGACAGGCCAACCAAACAUUGUGGAGCUUAAGGGAGCUUAUGAGGAUAAGCAUUCUGUGCAUUUGGUGAUGGAGCUUUGUGCUGGAGGAGAGCUCUUUGAUCGGAUCAUUUCAAAGGGGCAUUACACCGAGAGGGCUGCUGCAUCAUUGCUGAGAACCAUUGUUCAGAUCGUGCACACAUGCCAUUCGAUGGGUGUCAUUCAUAGGGAUCUCAAGCCUGAGAACUUCCUCCUCUUGAACAAAGAUGAAAAUUCACCUCUCAAGGCUACAGAUUUCGGUCUAUCCGUGUUCUACAAGCAAGGAGAAGUAUUCAAAGAUAUUGUGGGCAGUGCAUAUUACAUUGCACCUGAAGUCCUGAAGAGAAGGUAUGGACCGGAAGUUGACAUUUGGAGCGUUGGAAUUAUGUUUUACAUUCUUCUUUGUGGAGUUCCUCCUUUUUGGGCAGAAUCGGAGCACGGGAUAUUCAAUGCAAUCUUAAGAGGCCAUAUUGAUUUUACGAGUGAUCCAUGGCCUUCAAUUUCACCUGGAGCGAAGGACCUUGUCAGGAAGAUGUUGAAUUCAGACCCCAAGCAAAGGCUGACAGCAUUUCAAGUUCUUAAUCAUCCAUGGAUUAAGGAGGAUGGAGAAGCACCUGAUACACUACUUGACAAUGCUGUUCUGGGAAGGCUCAAACAGUUCAGAGCUAUGAAUAAGUUCAAGAAAGUUGCUCUUCGGGUACCUGAUGAAGCUUGUGUUAUUGCAGGUUGCCUGUCUGAGGAAGAAAUCAUGGGACUGAAGCAGAUGUUCAAAGGCAUGGACACCGAUAACAGUGGUACGAUAACACUUGAAGAGCUAAAGCAAGGACUCGCCAAGCAAGGGACAAAGCUAUCGGAAGUCGAAGUAAAACAAUUGAUGGAAGCAGCUGAUGCAGAUGGGAAUGGGACCAUAGACUACGAUGAAUUCAUUACAGCGACAAUGCACUUGAACAAAAUGGACAGAGAAGAACAUCUGUACACUGCAUUCCAAUACUUUGAUAAAGAUAAUAGCGGGUGGAUUACAAAAGAAGAACUAGAGCAAGCUCUCUGCGAGUUUGGCAUGAAUGAUGGAAGGGACAUAAAGGAAAUCAUUGCUGAAGUUGAUGCCGAUAAUGAUGGUCGGAUCAACUAUGAAGAGUUUGUGGCCAUGAUGAGAAAAGGUAACCUAGAUGUGGUGACAAAUCCCAAGAAGCGACGAGAUCUAUCUUUUUCAUAA